AUGGCCGACCAGCGCGGCUGCCUGUUCCCCUACAAGAAGAAGGGUGAGGUGCACCGCUGGCACGUGCGCUUUCCUGGCCAGGGGGUGAAGGACUAUGUCGCUUCCGUGAGCAAGGAGGAGCAUGCUCUGGCAAAGGAGCUCUUGACACACCUCAGGUGUCAGGCCGGCGAGCAAAGCCAAAGCAACGCGGAUCUCCGGAAGGUGUGCCAGGAUCAGCUGACGCUUCUUCGUCGCGCGAGCACAGCGCAGUCUGCUGCUUGCGCACUCAGACCAGAAGAAGAAGACCCCGAGGUGGCUGAGCCAGUUGACGCACCGACGCCAGCAGCAGCAGCAGGGAGAGGAGGCGAAGCUGAUCCCGAUGUGCUGCCGCUCCUUGCGACCGUAUCUGCGGAUGAUGGCGUGCCGCCCCAGAUUUCAAUUGAAUGCGAAAUCUGCUGGGAGCCCUUCAACGAGUGCAGCCGAGCGCCGUUCCUGUCCAAGUGUGGCCACACCUUCUGCCAAAGCUGCAUGAAGAAGAUCCUCGGGUCAAGUCAGACAUAUGACUGCCCCAAGUGCCGAAAAACUUUCACGGCGGAUCAAUGCAUGAAGAAUGUUUGGAUCAUCCAGAACCUUGAUGCCUUGCGCCGGCGAAGAGCGACAAGCAGACCGAAAGAGGAGGAAGCUGCAUCUGCAGUGCCCGUUCAGGCCCAGGCCUUAGGGGAGGUCCUCGGAACCUCGGAGCCACGGCGUGCGAAACGGAGAAGAGUCAACGAGCCGGGCUUCGCAGAUCCCUCGUCGGAAAGAGAAGCCCCGGCAAGACCGAGGCCUCUGGCGCCAGCUGGAACGUCGCGAGCUCCAAACCCGGGGCCGCUGAGUCUGAACCGACCCCGACCUCCAGCAGAUCCUAGGCGUGCUGCAGGACCGCGUGCCGGCCAAGGAGGUGCUCAAGCUUCGGAGGCCGGACGCAGCAGGUCCUCGCGGCCGAUGGCACUGAGCUAUGGGGCUAGCUUGCGGCGUCUUGGUCCUCGAACUUCGCUGCCCGCACGUGAAAGCAAGAUCUCCGUCGCAGUGCCGGAUAGCUUGAUGGGCCGAGUUAUCGGUCCCGGUGGUUCCGUGAUCCAGGCUGCUCAGCGAACCUUCGGCGUGAAGGUUAGCUGCGAAGCCGCCAGGGUGGACAUUUCGGGUCAGAUGGCAGCCGUCGAGUCUUGUGCCCAAGCCCUCCACGCAUACGUGAAGAGGAACUCCGAAACGACAGACGAGAUCCAGGUGCCGAAAGCAGUGGCAGGAGCGUUCUGGCCCGCGGACCUGCGCGCCGUCGAGCGAGAGGCAUGCGCCGAGGUGCCCACAGAACAGGAAGUCUUUCUCGAGAAGCGGCAAACACUUCGUGUGGACCUCGAUAAGGACUCGGAUGUGGCACGGUUCCGGGUGAUGGGCACUGGUGCGGCCGUCCAACUUGGCUUGGCGAAGCUAAAGGAGCGCGUGGAUGCCAUCAAAGUGCGGGAGAUUGAGGUUCCUGUGAACGAGCAGGUUGUGGACGUCAACGAGCUGGUGAGCAUGAUCCGCUCCAUGAGCGGUAAGAGGGGCAUUUCCAUUGAUCCGAGUCCAGAGGUUGCGUUUUUGGGGUCUGACGAAGUUUUCGAUCUUAUAAGAUCUGGCACUGACUGCACGAGGAAAGCUUCCAUCGCCAUGGCUAUGGCCAUGGCCGCGGAAGAGGAUACUGCCGCCGUUGCACACAUUUUAAUGGACUGCUUCGGCCAUGGCGGUGACUUCACGGUGCUGGUGGAGGAGCACGUGGAAGGCGAGGCUGGAUCAGAAGUGAAGCAGACGGAGUUCAAAGUGUGGUCUCCAUUGCUGACCAGAUGGUCUCCGGUAUUCGACAGGAUGAUACACUCGCAGGGCUUCAUGGAGGGCCAUCAAGCUCGCGUGGUCAUCAACGACUUCUCCAGUAUGGCCGUGGAAGCCUUCCUGCAUUUCCUUUAUUCUGGGGUGGUGGAGGGCUCCCUGGUUGACCUUGUUGCGGAAGUUGCUGCCCUCGCGGACAAGUACCAGGUUACAAGACUCCAGGAGCUGUGCAUGCAGGCCUUCCAGAAAGGCUUGGGACCGGAGAAUGCCUGCCAAGUCUUGGCAUCUGCCGUGCACUUCCAGCUGCCGGACUUGCGCCGACAGGCGUUGGAGAUGAUAUGGAUCAAUGCCAAAGUGGCGUUGACAUCAUGCCCGAGUAUAAGCCCAGGACUGUUGGAGGAAAUUCUCCAGCCUGGGCUUCUCUGCAUCAGCAAUUCCGAGCUCGAGGUCAUGAUGAACGACUGGUGCUCGCGCGACUCGUGGAAAAAGCGACAGGCUGACGAAGAAAUGGCGCUGCUUGAGACAGUCAUUCAGCGACAACGCACCCGCAUAGAACGAGAACGUGAAGACCUAGUAACUUACCAUGGGCAGCCAUUCGAGAGCGACACCAUCUACAGCGCAGACAUUUUCAGAUCCUUAUGGACAGUGUCUCCGCCUGGUGCGCCGUUCUUGGGUCUGCAAAUUGACGUGGUUCUUGGGCACGAAAACUCAAACUCUCAGAUGACUGAUGCUGUUGCGCUUGCCCCGUCAGAGGACCAUGCCGCAAAUGUCCGACCUGUUCGGACGGGGGGCGGCUCUUUUGCAUGGAAGCUGGUUCACUACUCGAUAUAUCUCACCGGCCUCUCUUUCGAGAGGGACUUGCCUGAACAAGAUCUCUGCCAGGUCUAUUGUUCCCAGGAUAGGUCAAGUUGGCACCUGGCUGCUGACGCAAGCAAAUCCAAGAUCGAAGCCAACAAACGGCUUCGCCUCAAUCGGCCCCCCGGUAUUGUAAAGUGGUUCAAGCUCGAAGUUGAAGGCGACCUGUACAACUGCUUGCGUAAUUUACGUCUUCGGGGUAUCAUCAAGGAUGAUCUACAUUGA